AUGGAUGAUCGUUUGACACGUUCACCAUCUAUUUCGAGCUUCGAUACCAAUCAUUCAUCAUGGAGUUUUGUUGGGGAGGAUGAUUUCGAUCUAUUAGAUCAAGAUGAAGAUGACUCGGCAUCGGAAGUCGGGGUGAGUGAGGUGGAAGAAGAGGAUGAGCAGAUCGAAGAAGAGGAUGAUGGCGAUAUUUCUAUGAUUACUGAAGACAUGCUGAAUGAUUCUUAUGCGCUUACGUGCACUGACUUUGUCAAAGUGUCCGAACAACUGGACGAGCUAUCGAAAUGCUUUGAUUCACCAUUUGCCCAUAUCUUGGAGGACUUUGCUUUGGGACGAAAUUUGAAGUUUACAGCAGCUUACGGCAUUUCAGCUACUGCUGUCGCUAUCAUCAUAUUCUACUAUGCAUUCGGCAUUGGGAAGCCAGAGUCUUUGUCAUUUACGUCAGCGGAAAAUGUUUGUUUCGUUAAUGAGGACCACCUUUUCGGUCUGCAGUACCGAAUCGCUGCUCCCUUCUUUUUACGUCCAUUUUUUGAAAUUCUUUUGAAGUUAUCGAUUCCGGCUUGGUCUUUUUUUCCAUUCAGUAUCCCUAAACCACAUGCGAUUGAACCGUUUCCUUGGAUACUUAAUUCCGAAAGCAUUAGUGCAUCACAAGACGAGCAUGGAUAUUUCGCUACAAAUCAAUGCGAAUAUGUUUCAGUUGAAUAUCGGCUCAAUGCAGUGAGUGAGACCGUUCGACGAUAUUUAAGACAUACGAAGAAACUGAAGGAACCAUACAGAUAUGAGUCACCAGUUUUUGGUAAAACAAAACAUUGGUUGAAAAAAAGAAACACGAACAAAAUACUGGUUGAAAAAAAAAGCAAUCACGAUGGAAGACUGCAGAUGGAUUUGCAUUUGGUAUUAAGUAAUUCUUCGGAGAAUUGGAAUUCAACAAAAACUGAAUCGUCAGGACAUUUAGAAUCCAUAAAAAUGGAAGUUGCAAAAUUCCAGAAUUCUCCAUCAAUCCCGAAACUAAUCCUACCUUUCCUUCGAUUUUCGGCCCAUCGUUUUUUGAUUGAACCGAAACUUGGAUUACUAGCACCAGUUCCAUUACCAGAAUUGUCAAUGCAAAGGGAAAUAACAUCUAUUUCGAGAAGUAUUGCGGAUUUGGUGCAUACUGAGAAAAAGUGCUUUAAAGCUAUAUCAGAUAUAAAAAGCAUUAAGUCGUUGGGAAAGAAAAGAAAUAAACUACCAUAUAGUGCAGACUUAAGUUCAUCAUUCGUGGCUGUGAAGUUACGAGAAUCGGAAAAGCUGCGGAGAAGUAAUUCGAAAAAAGAAGUACGCCAACCAAAGAGAGUCACGAGUGAAGUUUUGCUAAUUUCUUCGAUGAAGAAAGUGAUUUCAAGAACUGUUGAACGAGCCAAGGUGCAUCGUGAUAAACUUUUGAAACAGUUCAAAAGAGUUGCAGACAACAUCGUGCGAAAGAAUCGACCGAAAACUUUUCGGAUGGGUGAGAAAACAAGUAUUAGCAAGGAGCGAUGCAUGGUAAAUUCUACUUGUAACGUUUUAGCUAGUCUUGCACGGACUUUGGCGGGUAUCACUCUUUUCCCUGCAAUCGUUGGUCAAAUAAAUGCUGCUAAGUACAUUAAUUCUCUGUUGGAUCUCUCAACUUGUAACGGUCUACGUUUAGUUUGUGAAAAGUGUUGGUGGACUAGAGAAUGCUGUCCAAAGGAGAUAUGUGCUUUUCUUCCAUGGCAGCGACAUUUUAAUACGAAACGUUUUUUGGCCUCGCAAGGUCACAAAAUGUUUGAAGCGUUUGAAGAACUCGGUUGGUCAAUGUCUCGAAAGCGUAAAGAUGGUGACGCUAAACCAAAUUUCAAACUCAACCAUCCGAAUUGUUUCGCUUGUUCGGAAAAAGAAUUGCGUUUCGGAUAUGACAAGAAAAACUCGAUGGAACGUCAUUCCAGGAAAAGUGAUAUCCAAGAUCGCAUACAUUGA